AUGACUGGGGAUGCCUCUCCAACGAAAGCGUUCCGAUACCAGGAAACUCUGGUAAGGCCCAGAGCAGCAACUCAGUCACAGAGGAGCGUGAGGAGGAGUGGAGGAAUGGAGAGCUCAGAGAACAAGACAGAGGAUCCCAGCGGGAAGCCAGCUUUGUGGGGGGGCACACCGCAGUAUGACUAUGUCUGCUUUGAGAAAUGCACCCGGUACGGGAUUCCCCUGGAGGCAGGACACGAGGCCGGGCCCACAGGGGGCGACCUGAGCUCCCCGGAGAACUCCCUCAGCUACCCACAGCUGUAUGGCCGAUACACAGACCGGAUAACAGAUAACAUUUCAGACAAGGAAGCAGCGAAGCUGCUGAAUAAACAGGCCCAAAGGAACAAUGGAAGACCCCUAAAACGUGACAGUCAAGUACAGAUCAAAGAAGUCCACUAUUCCAAAUGUCAAGACUGUGCUAAACGCAUCCAGAAAUAUGUCACCAAGAAGCUUGGAGAGGACUGGAUUUUCUUGGUUCUGUUGGGUCUGGUCAUGGCGUUGGUGAGCUGGGGAGUGGAUUAUGCCAGUGCAAAGACCGUACAGGCCUACAAGUGGAUUUAUGGAGCGCUGCACCCCAAUGUCCCCCUGCAGUACGCCGUGUGGGUGGCCGUCCCGCUCGGCCUGAUCCUGUUUGCAGCCAGCUUCUGCCACUUCGUGUCUCCACAGGCUGUUGGGUCUGGGAUCCCAGAGCUCAAGACCAUUAUGAGGGGAGUGGUCCUCAAGGAGUAUCUCACUCUCAAAGCUUUUGUGGCCAAAGUUGUGGCCCUCACAGCUGGGCUUGGAAGUGGCAUGCCUGUGGGGAAAGAGGGUCCUUUUGUGCAUAUUGCCAGUAUCUGUGCUGUGGUACUCAGCAAGUUCAUGUCGAUCUUCUGUGGGGUGUAUGAGCAUGCCCGUCUCUGGCUGCACUCCCUGUUCCAGAAUGCGCAUAGGCAGCUCGACCUCCUGGUGCCGGCUUGCGCAGUUGGAGUCGGAUGUUGCUUCAAGGCUCCUCUUGGAGGGGUUCUUUUCAGCAUCGAGGUCACCUCCACUUACUUUGCUGUGCGCAAUUAUUGGAGAGGCUUCUUUGCGGCCACCUUUAGUGCCUUCGUGUUCAGAGUCCUGGCUGUCUGGAACAAGGAUGCAGUCACUAUCACAGCCCUGUUCAGAACAAACUUCCGCAUGGAUUUCCCCUUUGAUCUGCAAGAGCUGCCAGCAUUUGCUAUAAUAGGCAUAUGUUCGGGAUUCCUUGGAGCCUUUUUUGUUUAUCUCAAUCGCCAAGUGGUCCUGGGCAUCCGACGUCAUAAAGCCCUGAGCCAGUUUCUCACCAAAUACCGACUGAUAUACCCUGCAGUUAUAACCUUCUGUAUAGCGUCUGUGACGUUUCCUCACGGGUUUGGGCAGUUCAUGGCAGGAGAGUUGAUGCCACGGGAAGCCAUCAGCACUCUCUUUGAUAACUAUACCUGGAUCAAACACUCUGGGGACACCCAUAUCCUAGGGAAAUCUGCUGCCUGGAUCCAUCCUAAAGUCAGCGUCUUUGUCACCAUCCUGCUCUUCUUCCUUGUGAAGUUCUGCAUGGCUGUUAUUGCCACCACGAUGCCAAUCCCCUGUGGAGGCUUCAUGCCUGUUUUCGUAUUAGGUGCUGCAUUUGGACGUCUCAUUGGGGAAAUCAUGGCAUCACUUUUUCCCAACGGGAUCCUCUUUGACGACAUUCUCUACCAAAUCUUACCUGGAGGGUAUGCUGUCAUUGGUGCAGCAGCUUUGACAGGAGCAGUGAGCCACACUGUCUCCACCGCUGUCAUCUGCUUCGAGUUGACGGGUCAGAUCUCUCACAUCCUGCCCAUGAUGGUGGCUGUCAUCCUUGCCAACAUGGUGGCCCAGAGUUUGCAGCCCAGCCUCUACGACAGCAUCAUCCAGGUGAAGAAGUUGCCCUACCUGCCAGACCUAGGCUGGAAUCACAUAAGCAAGUACAAUAUCUUUGUUGAGGAUAUUAUGGUCCAAGAUGUGAAAUUUGUUUCCUCCAACUGUAAAUACCGAGACUUGCAAGAGGUACUCCAAAGCACCACAGUGAAAUCUUUGCCUUUGGUGGACUCACCAGAGUCCAUGAUCCUGCUGGGGUCCGUGGAGCGGUCGGAGCUGCAGGCUCUCCUCCAGGCACACAUCAGCCCAGAGCGCCGGCAGCUCCUCAACAGAGAAAGGCAGCAGCAGCUGAACGAGACACCCUACGAUGGACCCUGGGCAAACCUGCCCAAGCUGAAGCACGAAUCUUUUGCUUAUGUUGAUGAGGAUGAGGAUACAGAGGAGAAGGGCGAGCUGCCUCAGCCUCCAAGUCCCACUCCCAGUUACCCAGAGGAGCCAAAUGGCCCAACAAGUCCUCUUAAACAAAUGCCUGAAACCUUGGAGCCCCAGCAACACUCAGGCAGUUUCAGGAGUCUGAGGAAACUGAUCCAGCAGUUCUUGUGCCAUUGCAGCCGUCCACACGAAACAGAGAGCACCAUCCAGGAGCCAGUGGAAGUCAUUGAGACAAUGACACCAGAAGAGAUAGAUGCCUGGGAACAGGAGGAGCUGGACAAGAACGUGUGCUUUGACAGCUGCCGCGUAGAUCCCUCCCCUUUCCAACUGGUGGAGAGAACCUCCCUGCACAAGACACACACAUUGUUCUCACUGCUGGGCCUCAGCCAUGCCUACGUAACCAGCAUGGGGAAGCUGAGGGGAGUACUGGCUUUGGAAGAGCUCCAGAAGGCAAUAGAGGGUUCCACCCGCUCUGGGGUCCGUCUCCGGCCUCCCCUUGCCAGUUUCCGUGACAUCAGCCGGACUUCCAGCACCGUCAAGGCUGGGCAGGGCGCGCAGGCAUGGGGCCGGGAGGACAACGGCAUGGUGGCAGCAGAGGAGGCAGCAAACCUGGGCACUGAGAGCCCUCUGCCCCCCGGCUCACACUCCCCCCAGCCCUCACACUCACAGGAAGAGGGAGAAGUCCCCAGCUCCGCUUAUGCCACGGAUACCGAGUUGGAAGAGAUGGAGCUGACAGGGCGAGUUGCUGAAAACAUCUCGGACAUCCUCAAGGACAUAAACCUACGUACCACUGACCUGGAUGAAGAUGAAGAUGAGGAUGAGGAUGUUCCCUUAUAGCUGGUGUGAGGGUAGCAGUCCAUCACACUCUUCAGUGAGCCAGUCUUCUUGUGUUUGCUCCUCCAAGAGA